GAUCGCCAAACACUCGAGAUCGGAACUUCCGCUACUGAAAUAUAUCGAGGAUGCUUUUCUCAAUGAUCUCUCUCAAAUCUCUACCGUUGGUGAUCCUUAUUUACACUGCAAGCUAUGCAUCUUACGCCUCUGCUCUCGCCAAUGGUGUCAACCUUCGCAUUCUGCCCCUUGGAGACUCCAUAACAUGGGGUGACAAGAGCAGUGACGGCAACGGCUAUCGCAAGUACCUUUACAAUCGACUUGGUGACAACUUUGUUGAUUAUGUUGGCACUCAGCACUCUGGAAACAUGGCAGACAACGAUAAUGAAGGGCACCCCGGGGCCGUCAUUAAGGAGAUUGCCAGCUACGCGGCGAAUAUCCUCUAUACGCGGCCGAAUGUUGUUCUGGUAAUGGCCGGCACCAACGACUGUAACUCGGUAGGGGAGCUUGGCGACCUGCCUGAUCAGCUGGGCCGACUCAUCGAUGAGAUUACCGAUGCCUGCCCUCACGCCGCUGUUAUAGUGGCACAGCUGACGCCCAUAGCCUCCUCCCAUUCCGAGUCUGUUGUUCAGCAGUUCAAUGCCGCUAUCCCAGGUCUUGUCUCCAGUCGUGCUAACGCGCGCAAGAAGGUUCUUAGUGUCAAUAUGAGCGACAGUCUCACCACGGGUGACUUGGCGGACCGUCUUCAUCCCAACGACAGGGGAUAUAAUAAGAUGUCUGAGGUCUGGUACUCGGGAAUCGAGUCUGCCGCCUCGUACGGCUGGAUUCAGGGCCCUGGAUAGGUUGAAGAACACCGAGAUCAUUGUUGACACACC